UCGUCGGGAGCGCACGCCACGAUGCUCCAAUAAUGCGGACGCUAAUAAUAAUAUACAUCGCGACGCUAGUGCAGUGCUAUAGAAGUGGUGAUGUUGUGAGGGGUGUGCGACAUGGUGGACGGAGUCUCAUAAGACAUGGCCGGUCCAGGGUUCAUUUCACGCGGAUGCACGGCCGGGUCCGGGAUCUGGUCGCCCAGAUUGAAGCCGAAAGGAGUAGUGAGUUAGAAAGUAUCGACAAAUCUGGCGAGGAUCCCGUAAUAGCAGCGCUUAGGCCAUACGGGGCACCAGAUGAUGAUGAUGGCCUCAGAGACCCUUACAAUUUCCAAAAACUAUUCGGUAACACAUCGGUGACGACGAAACAUGAAGUUACCACCGACGAUGUAUCGUUAGUCGAGCAUUUCAUUAACGUAGAACAUAGUUACGAUAAUAACGACACUAAAAGUAAUUUAGAUGACAAUUCAGAUUUAAGAGAUUACAAUGGUACAGCGGAGAAUGUGACUAUAACCAGACCAGUGCAUGAAGACGUAGUGACAAAGUUCCUAAGAUUGAUAGAGACUCAACAUUUACUCGGUGAAAACUGUACAGCUGGGACUCAUUUGAAUUUAGGUGAAGGUGUCGUCGACAGAUAUGCACAAGAAAGGUUUAGGAUAGAAGCUGAUGUGGCAGUGAAUAGAGCUAAUAUGUUAACAAGAUUAUGGAAGUACGCUGGUCCAUCGGUCAUGCACAAUGAGUAUUUACUCCACGCGAGUGUGUUCUCCAUGGUAGAAUUUGACGAUGACAUUUUUGCUGCUGGGAAUUGCUAUGAUCAGUUGCAGUAUAAGGAUUAUCAGUUGUUCUGUCCUUUCGCGUACCGCUUGCCCGAAGGUCCGAUACUGGCAAAGGAUUUAGCGGUAGAAUACAAGUAUUUGAGCAACACAUCGGAAUGGUUCUACAUCGCACGGAAGAACGCUGAGCGCGUGAUCAGGAACCACAAUCAGUUUAGAAGAGGGUACAACACGUACACAUACAACGACACAGCGCACACGGAGAGAGAACCAGAUGAGAUCCUGUCAGUGACGUACGAGGACGGCAAGUGGUCGAAGCCGUACUACGACUGUGGAGGCGGCAACAUCUGGAUGCUCACCUACACCGUGCCCUUCUUCGGAUACAAUAAUGGGACCUAUUUCUUCAAGGGGACCAGUGGCAUCGACAUCGACCUUCGAAGAGUGGACAUCGAUCAAUGUCCGAUAAAACCUGGCUCAACACAGCUCAACAUUUUUGCUGGAACUGAUAAAUGCAAGAAGAAGACUACUGAGUGUGUCCCAGUACCCGGUUUGGGGUUUCGCCGUGGUUCCUAUCGAUGCACGUGUCGCAGAGGGUUCUACUUCCCCAACACCACAGCUGACAGCCGCUUCUACAAUGGCAGUGACAUCGAAGAAGAGUACGAGAAACAUUUGCUGCUCCAACCCAGUCUAUACUCUCUCCCGGAUGCCUACGAGUGCCUCCCCUGUGCUGAAGGCUGCGAAGCCUGCAAUGAUGGAUCUCCUUGCGUGGCAGCCCUCAACUGGGUCGUCCGGACCACCAUCUUCGCUCUCGCCUGCUUGGUCAUCUCUUGUCUGCCGUUCAUCGUCUACUUCACCAUCAAGUAUGGACAUGUCAGGGUUGUGAGGGCAGCAAGUCCAGCACUCCUCAGGGUGAUUGUCCUGGGAGCUCUCCUCAUCUACUGCACCACUCUCGUCAUGUAUGGAAGACCCACUGUCUUCACCUGCACUGCAAGAGUCUGGCUGCGGGAGGUCGGGUUCUGCCUCACUUAUGGAGCUCUCAUGUUGAAGACUUGGAGGAUAUCAGUCAUAUUCCAAGUACGGUCAGCAAAAGCAGUGAAGAUAUCGGACAUGUACCUCCUUCGUCGGAUCGGAGUGAUUGUCGGCGUGGCAUGUGUGUUGCUGGCCAUACGCACGCUGGUGGCGCCACCUGCCGUCAUAGUUGGGAGAACUAAGGAUGACCUGAAAGCGUAUUUGUGUAACACCGACUGGUGGGACCAUUCUUUUACUACGUUGGAAGUAAUAUUCCUAGUGUGGGGCAUUAGACUCUGCAUCAUGGUGCGGAAGGCGCCCUCCGAGUUCAACGAGAGCCGCUUCAUCUCCAUGGCGAUAUACAACGAAUUCCUUCUCUCUGUCUUCCUCAAUAUAUCCAUGUUAUUCCUCCAGUCCCCUGCGAACCCGGACCUGCUGUAUAUAAUAUUCUUCUGCCACACGCAACUGACUGUGACUCUUCUGUUGUGCUUCAUCUUUGGGAGCAAGGUAGGCACGGCCUACAUGGUGUACAAAGGCCAUGGGAAGGACGAGCGAGAGAAGACUGGCAAGUUCAGGUCGAGGCCGGCAGAGUCCACGUACACCAUGACCACCAACCGCAGUGCCAGGUUCUGUGAUAAUAUGACUGAGAGGGAACUCGAGGAGGAGUUCAGAAAAAUAUGUAACCAGUUAGAGAAACUUCGUGAGCGAUGUGGUGCUGGAGCAGUUAUCUCACGGAGGAUAGGAGCCAUGCAGGACGCUGCAGCAGUUUAUGAUAGAAAACCUCCCCCAUCCGACCACUCAGCGCCUUUGAAACUGAAUACAGUCUUCAGUGCAGUAGCGGAUAGGUUAAUGUGCACUGUUACUCCAGCAGAAGAAUCCUCAAGUAGUGGUAGGGACCUGCCCUUCGAGGCACCUCCAGCCUAUAAGCACAAGACGUUCAGUCCAACAAAAAGCGCAGAGAACAGCAACGCAGAACAAAGCCAGACCGACGUCACGACUGAUUCUCCUAAAAAACGCACAGACCUCAACGAGGAACCAAAGGAAGACAAACAGAAUGGAGUGUUCAAAAUAUCUGGUGAAGCUAAUUGUAGUGAUAUCCGACCGCCAGAAGUAAGUCGUAACGGUUACAAUAAUAAGAGUGAGAAAUCAAGUGAACUAAAGUCAAGUCCAAGUAGUACUGACACUGUUAAAGGUGUUAGAUCAGGACACGCGAGGACUCACGCUAUAGUUAUUAACUUAGAUGAUAAGAGUCGCUUUACUGAAGAGGUCACUGUCUAAAUAAAGACUGUACUUAUGAUUUCGUUAGGGUAGGUGUGGAUGUACCAAAGAUUGGCAUACAGUUUAAAAGUAUCUUUAUUACGUACGCACUAAAGAUUAUUCUGCUAAAAUCACGUUGCCAUAACCCUUUGUAAUAAGCUGUUAAAUAAACAAGCGCGUUCACCUGAAAAUGCUUUUGCGUAGAAUGUUCUCGUAGAUUUACCGCAGCGUUUCAAUGGGAUUACGCUAGAAACUAACCUACUCUGUACUCCGUACCUCGUGAGUUACAAUAUUGGAUUUCAACACUGUUAUAAUACUUGAAGUGAAGGGAAAUCACAAUCGUGUUACCGAGUAAUCGAUAGAAGCUUUGCUCGAAAUAUUAUAGAGAUUAUCAAUAUUCAAUUAUUUUAACAGCCCAAACUCAGAUUUCAGUUUAAACAAUUCAAUUUCAAUUUCAUCGAUAUCUGAAGCUAGUCACAAAUGGAACUAAAAGCGAAUUGUCAUCAUUGUUGAUACAAAUGCCGAUGAAAAUAAAGAUUUCCCUUCUGCCUGCAUUCUUGGAUUGCAGCGAUUCCAGUGUUUCGUGACUGUGGAUUGUAAAUAAAAGUCUUGAAGCGUUCGCGAUAAAAGAACAACAAUUUAUGUGAUUGGCAUUAAGAUACAACAUAGAUGGUAACUUUCGAUCAAAUCUUCAUUGUUUUGACUGUUCAUUCAAUGAGUGGAAGCUACAUAGUAUGUUGUUUUGUUUUGUAUUUUUUUGCAAUAUGCUUUAUCCACAGUAUAAGUACGUGGUUUUAAUCGCUCAUAUAUAUUUUUCGUCUCAUGAUUUGAUCUUAUGUACGUAUCAAAUCAGAGGUAGGUUUGUGGAUUGGAUGCAAUGCAUUUAAUAUUUGAUUUAAUCACGGCGGAGGUACAAAGAUUUCACGUCACAUUUCAGUAAUUUGUAUCAGACAUUCAGAAUAUUACUACAAGUAGACAAUUAUGGAUAGUCGAUGCAACGUCUAUUAGUCUAAUACUAAACUUGAUUACUUGACUGUAUCUUCCCAGCUAAUGGGAAUUAUAAUCUAGAAUUCAAUACCUAAGCUGUAGCACUAUUACUGAGUUAAUAAUCGUCUUUGGUAGUAAUGAUAAACUAAUAUCGAAUACGUAUUGGUAUUAUUCCACGCUGAUGAAUAGCAAAUUGGAACUCACGAGACGUUCGGUUGUUGAUGUUGAUGGUCCAAGAGCUCUUUACAUAAGUGCCAGUGUAAUUACCAGGUUUUUUAGGAACAAUUUUUUAUUUGAGUGAUUGAGGUUUGAGAUGGCCACGAAACUUUGUGUUCAGUUAGUGUUGAUGGUUAGGCAAUGUUUUGAAAUUUCCUUAAUAUGUAAUAGAAGCAUUUUGUAAGUUACGGGUUUAUAUGGCAUGUCUCCUCAUUUUUAUUAUCAUAAUCUUUGGUACAUCCAGACUGUUAGUAAUAUAUCGUUAAAGCUAGUCCUUACUGUGAUUCUUAGUAAUAUGUAUGUUUGUUUAUUGAAAGUUUCCAAAAUGCAUAUCAAAGUACUUCUGUGUACGUGUAUUGUUCUGAUAAUGUUGUAAUGGAAUAAUAAUUUUAAAAUGUUGGUGUAUGCUUGGACGAUUAAGUUCAUUUUUGUUUGUCAUGUGUAUUAGAAACGGCAAUAAAUAAAGUACGGGUCGCACAUCAAAAUACCCUAAAAGACAAUUUAUUUUAGACUUUAUUACAUAAUAACGAUAUAAUUGAGAAUCGUAUGUAUAAGAUUGGCAGAUUGGGAGUUGCUUGAUAGCAGCACAAAUAUCCAAUGCAAUAGAAGUUUGAAUCAAGAUUUUUCUACUGGUUUCUUUAAAGCUAAGAAAGUCCUUAAAUUUUGUUUUAUUAGGUAAAAAAUAAUAAUAACACAACUAAUUCGAAAGUCAUUGGUCUUCUUAGAACACAACUUCAUACUUUUACGACUUGCAAAACAUUCCGUGGAAUGAGUGAAACUCUCAUUACCCCAGUAAUGUGGCAUUCGGUUCACCGUGCAAGUAUUCGAGCAAAAGUUUCCAGCAAUAAUUUCAUUUUAGUACAUUUUCGAAGUUAACACACAGUCGUUAUUAUUCUUAUGCAAGAAUUUUUAAUGCUUGCAACUUUGGCUUGGAAGUUAUGAAGUGUGUAGUGUCUAUGUCAUUUGUUUAUUAUUCGACAAAAGACAGAUAAAAAUUGUUGUAAGAAAAUUGAGUAACCGUCAUACUCAGAGUCAUUUAAUGGUUACUUAACCCAGUCCUUAGCAAUUGUUUUCGGAACAAAAUUGUUUCUAAGGAAUAGUUUAAGUACCCAAUCAUUAAAUGUCUCUGAGUACGGCAAUAAGUCACUCAGAUAGUGAGUGAUGACAAGUCAGAUAGGUAAUUUCUCAUGAGAUGAGAGAUGAGAUGAGAAUAGAUCGGUUACAAAUACAUUUUCUAUGUACAUUUCCUCAAUUCUGUUUGUAUCUUAAAAUAAACCCAAUUUCUUUCCACGAAAUAGAAGCCAUAAUUAUUAUUCAAUAGAAAUAUAUAUCGUGACGUCACAAACUCAUGUUUUCACACAAAAUUAGAAGUGUUUUUCCACCAGAAAUGUGUUAUGCUACAUUGCUGUGGAUGCGUUUGGCUUCCACCAAUCCUAUUCAUUGGUACACAUAGUUUUUAUAUGGAAAGAUGCGUGCUAUGGAUGGCUUUCCUACCCUACUAUCGAGACAUUGUAUACUCGAGCUAAGCAUCUUCCUUGUGCAUCUACAUAGCUUAGUAUCAGUGGAAAUGGUCACAUGUAAUAGCUAAGCUGUGAAACUAUGUAGUUUCACAGCUUAGCUAUUAUAUCUUCGUAGCAUAACUACAUAGUACGUCUCUGGUAGCAAAGCACCCUUAUAGUAGUCGUUAUUUUGACAUGAGAAUUAUUUGUUUGAUAGUAUGGAUCGAAUUGUGUUGUUAUGUUGUUGUUUAGAAUACUUUAUACGAAAAAGCAAAAUAUGAGUAUGAAUGUGUUGAAAAUAAAAUACCAAAGAUAUUAAUAGCCAUAAAUAAUUUUAAAUGUAGAAAAUAUAUAGUGUGUUAUGAAUGGAUGACACGUUGAUUUUAUUUGUUAAAGUUUAGCAAUAUUUUAUUUUAAAUUGAUAAUAAAGUGUUUAGAAAGUAUGUUUGACAUUAUUGAAAUAUGUUUCAUAUUAUAAAUUCUAUUUCAAAUUUUUUCGUUUAAAUUGUUACUAUAGUUUAUAAAUGUUAAUACAUAUUAUGUUUUUAUUCGAAAAGUGUGAAUUUAAAUUGUCAUUAAGUUGUUUGUUUUUCACGACAAAGAGAUAGAAAAAGCAAUAAAUUUCGUAAGUUAAUAAAAAUAAGCAUUCAUUUUGCUAACUGUUUUUAAAUGGCUGAAUAAAAUUUCGCUCUGAAUUGAAUACCUAUGUCUGUGGGCGCCCUAACGGGCAUGUUAACAGCGCCACUAAAAUGCUGCCUUACAUCUCGAUUGAGUAUACUGGAGCACAUUUUCAAUAGGACUAUUAUAGAGCGGCAUUUUAGACAACCUUGUUGAUAUCUUUAUGUUUUAAAAAAAUAUUAUAUUAGUUAUGUUUUUGUUUGAUGUGAAUGAAAAAUGAUCAUAAUUAUUUUGUAGUUUUAAAAGAAAAUCUAGCAUUUAUUAUAUUAUACUUUAUUUUGUACAAUUUGAGUAUAAUUUUUAUAUUAUUCGAAAAUGUAUAUUUUCACCAUGUACCAAAGAUAUUAGUUUUAAGCAGUACAAGCUAUUUAAAUAAACGUAUUAUAGAUACUUUGUUUGCAAUUAGCGCUCAAUAAAACGCUUUAACGUCAAAUAAUAUUUAAUGUUGUAUUAGAUAUAACAAUAAAAUAUAAGACAUAUAUGAGAGUUACAAUUUUAUAGUACAUUACGAAAAAAAAAACAUUUGAAAAUAGUACACAAUUUAAAUUUAUUCAUCAUAAUUACUUUUUACUAAAUUUUAAUUCUUAUCCCGUGUUAAAUAAGGUUUGAAAUGGUAUGAUAAAAUUGUAACUCUCAUUUUUUAAAAUGUAAAUAUUCGAGCCACGAUGAAAGACAACUAGUGAAUGUAUUUUUUGUAAAUAUCUAAGCAAGUAUAGAGACAUAUGUAUAUCUACGUUUUGAUUGUACAUAUAGAAACAAUGUGCCAUUUACACUAAAAUGGUGAUAAGUAUGAUAUUCAAACAAGUAUUUAAUUUAAUUUUAGUAUUAACUGGUACUUAGAUAUAAGACUAUUACCGAUCGAAGUGCAGUCAACAGCACAUCAAGUUACCACAACUUUUGUUACAGGAUUUCCAACUUUAUCUCAAAGUUAUAGAAACGAAAAUGGAAUAAAGCAAUAUGACAUUUCAGGAGAACUUGAUGUGCUGGUUCGAUCUGUUCGAAAAAAUCCUACUAUUAAAGUUUUUAAUAAUAAAAUUGAAAAAUAGUUUUUAAUAAAUGCGUGCUACAUUUGUUUUAAAAUAGACAUAAAAUGGAUUUUUAACACUUAUCCGUAGAGAAUAACAUAUUACUGAAUAUUAUUAAAAAUAAUGCAUUUAAACACGAUUCUGAAGAUAGACAUUUUAACUCUGAAAACUGUAAAUAAAAUAUAAGCACUAUUCAUGUCUUCCUAUCUAUAAAUAAUAUUUUUAUUUUAUCAUUCCACGAUAAUUGUGGCUAAUUUUAUCUGUUUUUAGAAAUGUUAUAUUACGAGACACAAUGAAAUUAUUUCAAUACUAGCCACUGCCAUCGGCUUCGCCCGCGUUCUCGUGGGAUAAAAAGUAUCAUAUUACCUAAGUCAGCUCAUUCCUUGUCUGUAUAACAAAUUUCAUAAAAAUCAGUUUAGUAGUUUCAGCGUGAUUGACGGACAAAUAUCCAAAAUCAUUGUGAUUAAAAAAUAUUUAUGUAAAAGGAAACUUAACUUUUUAUUAUUUUUUUAUUCAUUUAAACACUUUAUAUAACCAUUUAAAAAAAAUAGCCACGUUAUUUACUAUCUAAUCAGCACAUACAAUCGAUAUCUGUAAUAAAUCAAAUAGGAUUUUAAUAAUAAACUAAAAAAUAUAGAUACUAUUGCAAUUUAUGCCACUAAGUGGUUAUUUUACCAGACAUUCCAUUUUAAUAAUAAAUAAUAAUUAUUAAUAAUGUAAAUAUUGUAAAUAAAUUAUUGCAAAGCUUUUAAAUAUAUUGUGUAUAGUUUAAUUGGUUAUCGUGAACUGGUCAUGAAGUUAAUAAAAUAAAAUUAAUUAAUUAUAUUAUUAUGUCUAUUUUUUACUAAACCGUUUAUACAUUUUAUUGUCAUUUUAAUAAUAUGAGCGGAAACUAUAUCAAAGUCAAAGUCAAAGUCUAAAUUAUUUAUUUCAAAAAUACCGAGACCUUUUGAACGUCGAAGCAAUUAUUACAAUAUUAAAAAAAUCUGUUGGCCAGUCCUCAAGUUAAGAUAAAAUUAUUAUUUCCAAAAUGUAGAUUUCUAUGGAGAAGAACGAGCAAGAAACUCUCUUCCAAUCAGGUUAACAAUACAAUUCUUGGGUACAAAAUAAUAACAGUAUAUUUUACUAUUUUAUUAACCAAAAAUAAAUAACUCAUAAAACAUCAUAUAAAAUAAACCAAUAUCUACCUGAAAUUAUUACUAACUUCCUUGAACAAACUUGUUUUAAGUCUAGAGACAAACCAUAAAAAGAAACCACAUAAAAUAAAUAUUUUCAUAGUCUUUUAUAUCGCUUUACUAAGGAACUAUUCAAAAGUACAUUUGUUUUAAAAGUUCUCGCAGAAGAUGAGCCGUUUACUGCGAGUAAGAAGGACAUGAGAACACAAAUCUAAACAUUCCAUUUUGCAAAGAAAUAUAAAGAAGGAACACAAGUGGACAGUUUAACUAAAGACAUAACUUCCCGCCCGCUGGCUCUGACAGAAAACCUCGACUUUUUAAAUCUCAGUCAUGCUCUGGUAGGGAUGCCACGUGAUAGCUUUCAUUUUGCUUCAAAGUUGUUAUUUGUUCCAUUUAUUUAGACUUUAAAAAGUAAAACCGAAAAGAUCGUAGCAAUAUGCGCCCGACCUUUUUUCGGUUUUUCGGAAAUUACUCAGUUGUAGCGUGGAGUUUGGAAAUGAUUAUGGAUGAAAGAAUUAAAUUAAACAACCAACUACACCAACCACCCUCGAUAAAAAACUACGUAUUUUAAGUAUGUUUGAUUGUUUGGCACCCUGUGGACACCAAUAGAUUUGUACCAAAGAAACGUAAUUAUCUGCAAAAUAUACCCUAAUCACCCAACAAGAAGUACUAGUCUGUAUAAUCAAUAUCUUAAUAAAAAGUCAAUUUUAGCAAACGUCUAAUUUUGAUUCAUAGACUUUAUAUCAAUUUUUAAACUCCAACUAUCAUCCUACCACCCCUAUUACCAAGUGGUUUGCAGCGAUUCAUCUUGGGAACGCGUUGUGACACGUUGAUAUAGAUUCUCUUGCACCUGGUCACUGCAACAUGAACCAGUCGAGGCAGCCAACUUUGCAGGAAACUAGGAAGUUUCCAUAGCCUCUACUUACCUAGCCUAAAUGUAUGUAGGUCAGUUUUAGUGAAACGACUUGUACAAUGGAGAAUACAUAUUUUUGGUUUAAAAAUAUUUGAAAGUAGGAAAUACUAUGGAAUAUGGCCUUCAAUCUAUAGAAACAUGCUGAACACCAGACAAGAACACACGGGUUCAAAUUACAAUAUCUCUAUUUUUAUAUCGGAGGUUCAAAAGGGACGUAAUAUACAACUUACUAACAAUAACUCUCAGAUAAAAUCAGUACAAACGCUAAAAUAUUUCAUAAAUUCACGCUCGAGAAACAAAUAUCAAAAUAACUUCGGCUCGAGUGACCAAAAGGUUUAGGCCAACAAAUUCACCAGUACUGACAGUAGCCAGUCAAAUUAAAAUAAUAAUUUGAUUUCACCCGCACGUUAGUCCUAAGCCUUAAAAAAAUAAAUCUUUCACUGCCUAUCGAAAUCAACGACCCAUCUCCGUGUUUACAUUUCAUCUUGAUGCCCACAAGGGUUUACAAAGUCCGCUUAAAGCGAAGUUUUCGUCCGAUAGGUACUGCACCUGUUACACCGUAUUUAUCGUACGUGGAACGCAAACAGACAUUUACACGGUAAUUAGUUCUGGAAUUAAUUGGUUUACUGGAAGCUCUCAGGUCUUGAUUGAUGGAUUACAGUGUAUCUAGAUAGGUUUUAGCUAGAUUUCGAGUUGGAACUUCAUCAAGGCGUUUAGAAAGACAAGCAAAAUAACUUCGACAAUUAAAUUAAUUGGUGGUUGUUUGUUCAAAGGAAUUUUCAGUGAUAGAAAUAUAAGUCUCAAGACAUUUCCAGUCUAGACAAUGCUUUAUCACGAGGCCACAACUUAAAUAUAACUAUCCUAAAAUGGUAUUUACAAAGACGAAAAUAGUACAAAUCUUGAAAGAUGAAAGAAUAAGAACGAAUAUUCGUCGUGUUUACAGAAAAUAGAAAUAUACCUUGUUUAUACCUGCCAUCCAUCUGCGGACUAUCCUAAACCAUUUAAUCCGGGCAGUGCCAUAAGGCAUGAACCUUCCUUAAGUGAAGGAGCUUUAGAGUGAAGGCUUACUGCCAAAAUUAAAACGUUUAUUUUUAUAUCCUUAGGCCUUCCACAAACAAAUCCGCGUAAAAUAUUACUUUGGUACUACUUUCAUAUUUUUAUCCUAUUACUUUAAAUGUCUCCUAUCAUCCUUGGUAUUCAAAAGAUCUCGAAUCAAUAAUUUAAAAAUAAAAGUCAGAAACAAUAUUGAUUGGCUCGGUAGCUGGAAAAGGCAGUCGUGCAACGUGUAAUGGAUUCGAUUCAAGCACACCACAACUUGUUGUUUCGGGUCUGGGUGACACGUGCAUACAGGGGAAUUGUAUGUUUGUAAACGCACCCACGACACCGGAGAAAAUACUAAUGCGGGGCAACGUUUAUUAAAAGAUAAGAAAAUAUUAAACCCUUAGACGACUCACCAAAAAAAUCGAGGCAAAGAACCCGAAUAUACCCACCUUGUAGACAUGCUCGUUACGCGAAAAAACCGUGUCACACAUAGCUGUCAAUCAACAAAGUGUCACGUUGACAAAUGUUUGUUAUUCCUAUUUAUAUAGAGGACUGUCAACUCAUUACCUGUGUCCCUGGGGCGCGUGUGUGACAGCUACCUGUCACUGCCGAGCGUGACUCGUGAACCAAUCAAUAAUAUAGAAUUGGUAAAUUAGAUCACGUAGUGGCAGUGAGAGGGUUGGGCGCGUCUUACGAGUAAUCGGGUGCUAUCUGUCAGCUCGAUCAUUUGUACUUGAUAUACGGAUUUGAGAAAGAAUAAGGAAAGAUCGGGAAAGGUUUAAGAGAAACAUCGUCCCUAUGUAGAACACAGACGUGAAGUAAAUGUGUACCUAUCGUUAGUCCGUGUUGUUGAGUCUAGACGUUAUUUGUUUUGUGUCUUUCGUUAUGUGAAAUUGUUCUGUUUUGCUUAUUGGUUUUGGUAGAUUGAAAUAAUAAAGUUAUAUCUCUAUCAGGUACGAAUUUAUGGUAUUUUAUCUAACUAAGAUAAUUACUCUGACCAGCUCUGCUCAGCUUCUAUGGGUCGUAGCGUGAUGUUUUAUAAUCUUAAUAGCUUUCCUAGAUAGAGUGCUUUAUUCAACACAAAUAAUUUCUCUAUUGGAACCGGUAGUUUCACAGAUUUGCGCGUUAAAACAAACAAACUCUUCAGCUUUAAAAAUUAGUACAGAUAUAUUUCGCUUCGCCGUUGUGGCUGAAAGCGGGUGGCCAAACGCAGACUUAUCGACGCAAAAAAAAUAUUGAUUAUUAUAGGUGUGUAUUUUAUUAUUCUAUCAGUAUUAUCACUUGACUGGUGUCACGAUAACGAAUUAAAACUACAGUCUUGUUAUUUGCAAUAAUAAUAUAAUAAUUGAAGUAAGGUAAGGCAUUGUGAUUGAGUUACUGCGUUGCUGUAAUGUAAAGGAACUAUGUCGUCGGUCAUAGAAGGAUGUGUUGACUAUCUAAAUAAACGAGUUGAAGAAAUUA